CAUCGUCCUCCGUACAACGCCAAGGGGAAGUUGAUAAAAGUGGGAGUGGGACCUCGCAAAUCCUCAUCAAAUUCACUGUCCGCUAGCUCACUCACCCGUCGUAUUGUGAAUUACAAACCUGAAAACCUACCACUAUAUACUGUACUGGCACUGAUUCCCCCCUUGCGAAAGAGCCAGACUCAUCCAGGGUUACCACGGUAAAAGCGAGCGUGUGAGCGAGCCCUUGCGAGUGUGUUGUGACAUGGCAAACAGAGGCGGAGCCACGCGACCCAAUGGUCCCAACGCGGCUAAUAAGAUCUGCCAGUUCAAGCUGGUGCUUCUUGGGGAGUCUGCGGUGGGGAAGUCCAGCCUGGUGCUGCGCUUCGUCAAGGGCCAGUUCCACGAGUUCCAGGAGAGCACCAUCGGAGCUGCCUUCCUGACCCAGACAGUAUGUUUGGAUGACACAACGGUGAAGUUUGAGAUCUGGGAUACAGCCGGCCAGGAGCGCUACCACAGCCUGGCCCCCAUGUACUACCGUGGAGCACAGGCCGCCAUCGUUGUCUACGACAUCACCAACGAAGAGUCGUUUGUGCGGGCAAAGAACUGGGUGAAGGAGCUCCAGAGACAGGCCAGUCCCAACAUUGUAAUAGCCCUGGCUGGAAACAAGGCCGACCUUGCCAACAAAAGAACCCUCGACUUCCAGGAUGCCCAAUCGUAUGCAGAUGACAACAGCCUGCUCUUCAUGGAGACUUCAGCGAAGACGUCAAUGAACGUGAACGAGAUCUUCAUGGCCAUUGCAAAGAAGCUUCCCAAGAGCGAACCACAGGCGGGCGGAGCCAAUAGUGGGCGGAACCGAGGGGUGGACCUAACGGAAACCGCGCAGCCCGCCGGCCGCACCUGCUGCAGUACCUAGGCACCGCCCCUCUUCCCACUCUGACCCCAACCCCUCCCAAACACACACACACCUUCCUGCCCCGCCCCGCCCCACUCCAAGCAAGUCAACGUACGGAACAACAUCUGGAUUUUGGGCUUUUCUCCUUUCCUGCCAUCGGAUCUGACCCCAACCAACACCCCUCCCCCAGAAUAGCUAAAGACUCUGUAUAGCUGCGUUUCUAAUACUUUCUUUUGUUGGUCUUUUUUUUUUUUUUUUUUUACUUUUGUUUUAAAAAAUGGUGUAUAUCAGUAUAAUAAUGGAUGCAUGUAUCACUACACAACCCUAAAAGAGACACACGCACACACACACAAACACACACAUUGAAAAGAAUAUAUAUUUUAAUCAGUUGGACGACUAAUCCCUUACUUUCGAGCGAGAAUCUCAAGUAUAAAAAGGUGGGUGUGAUUGUUCAUGUUUUGUGUGUAUGCUAACAUUUUAAGUGUAACAGGGUUACGUGGACGGAGUUUGAACGAGGUUUCCUCAGAUACAUUCUGUAUGUGUGGGCGUUUUAAGUAGUUUUUUCCCCACCUGAUAGAUAAAAAAUAAAUAAAUAAUAAAUAUUUCCUAAAAAAAAAAAAGAUCUGGCAGCUGAUAGUCGUGUUAAAAACUUCACUCAGCACGCCACUACUUGGAAUAAGAGGAUUUUCCCCUCCGCUUUCAGACGCUGACCAACAUGCUAUGCGCCUGUGUAUAACAUGAGGACAAGCACACCUUCUGAAAAUGCUAAACUGGGGUUUCCCUUGCCCCUGGGCCAUGUCACAAACCGCCCAAUAAAAUGUUAUGACUAGUUGAUAUCACUCCACCAUUGAUGUAAAUAUGACUAAAGUUACGCUAAAUUAAGUAAUUGAUUAGGUUACUUCAUGAACGGUAACCAUAAGUUUGUAACGGGGAAAAAAAAAAUCCUGUGAAUUAUUUCUAGUUCAGUUGGUAGACGCACAUAAAAGGGCAAUUUCUUUUGUGGGCCCUUAUGUAGCUGGCUGACAGGAUUCCUGAGUUUAUCUGUGGUUGGGGAAACCCUUUCUUGACUUUUGAUUGGUCAAGGGUUGGCUCCUGUAACAUCACAGCAGCGUAGAGCUGAGUAUUGGUUGGCGUCGGAGAUUGUCAUUGAAAAUCAUAUACUUCCUAGCUCUGUGUUUGAUGACCUGUUUCAAGUGGUAGUGUUGGUUUCAGCUAGCAUAAAUGAUGGGUGGUUUAUAUUUCAAUCCGGACAAUACACUGACAACAAAAACAACCAUCUCAUGGCUGCAGAAAAAUUAUACUCAUGAUUUUGAGGUGCAAUGUUGUCUACCAUUUCACAAUUAAUCAGGAUGCAUCCACACAAGUGUACAGUUAAUUAAUACUAUGUUCCCCCCCCCCCCCCUCCUGUUGUUUUCACCUUGUCAUAAACUGGUCAACUGGUAAACAUUUUUGGUAUAUGUAGUGUUACUAACAUUUUCACCCCCACCCCAGCCCCACUCCUGGUGUCUUGUUACUUUUUUCUCAAAUGUCUUGAGGAACUUUUAUUGUGUUGCACAACAACUGUUGAUCGUGUUGCCGUGAGGGACGGCUCUCCUUCAAUUUUAUACGACGGACCGUAUUGGACUUUGCUAACGUACAGCUAGCGGGCUGCUAGCAGAUUUAACCCGACAGACGGUUGGCUGUUACAGCUCAAUGAAUUUUAAUGAUGUACAACAGCAUUACUAGUGAUGGGCUAAUCAGUUUCAGUGUCUGGAGAAACAAAAAAAUGUUAAUAAACUCAAUAAAUUAGGUCUUGUAUGUGUUCUUGCUCUGAGGAUUUCAAUACCGUGAACUUCUAGUUAUUUAAAACAAGAGGACGAAUGAUGGUUGUCUGUAAUAGGAGUCGUCUAUCAGGUUCCAUGAAGGUUUUCAAUGGUUAAGGAUGACUGACUGAAAUGUUUUCCUCUACUGAUACGAUGGGGGUGUCUAAAUUAAAUCGGGUCCACGUACUCAUCUCACGCUGGUUCUCUGGAUUUAACAGUUGAACCCUACCUUCCCCCUUAUGCCUCCUCUAUAACAGAAGCUGGCAAAUUAGUGGUCAUCUCUUCGCCUCUCCGACCCAUUGAUCGCAUCCAGGAACUUCUUGACAACCUGGCCCACCAUCUCAACGUCCAGCAACUCCUGGAGGCCAGAGGAGAUGGGACAAGGUGAUCACCCAGCCACCCGUGGGGAUGCCCUGCACCCAGAUGCCAGUAUUUUACAUUAAUUUUGUGCUAAAAUAACUGCCAUUUACUUGUACCGUUCUCAGCCUGACUAACACCAUUAUCACAUUGAAACAACUCUAUUCCAUGAUUUUGUAAGAACGGCACAAACCAAUAGUCACCAUUAGUAAAUGCAAAUAUGAAAUAAAUUAUUGAUCAGUGGCCUAAAUGCAUUUAUUCUACAUAACCUUCACACAUAGUAAGGUGUGAAUUGCAUUUAGGACGUUGAAACCCCUUCCAAAUAGGGGCCAGUUCCAAUGGCAGACUUCAGAACAACCAUUGCUGUUGACCAUAAUGACUUAUGAACCAGACACUAAUGUUGUUCACUAUUCGUUGUGGCUGGAUUAUCCAGGGUGUCUCCAAAUGGUACCCUUAAGUGACAUGAUAGUCCGGUUCUUGAAUGAGUGGCCUUCACAAAUGCAAACCAUGCAAUUUUGAUUAGCCUGAAAACAGGGAUUGGACUUGGAGAAAGUGUUUGUCAGAAGAUGAUCUGUUCAGAAGGAAAACCCAGUGGUGGGGUUGUAGGUCUUCCAUCAUAAGGGUUUUCCUCAAGAAAAUGUUCUUCUAUUGCAUCUGAGCAGAAAGCAGAUCAGGACCUUCCUGGUUCAGAUAGAGCUGGCUCUCGGAAAGAUGACAACUCUUUUUGAGAUGAGGCUAUUCUCAUGAGGCAGAGAAACUUGCUCAGGCUUCAAGAUCCGAGAGAAAUGUUUAAAUGUGUUCUAUGGUUCAUCGGUUUAAACCCUAGGCUGUGUCCUAGUCGCUGAGAGUCCCAUUUGGCCACUUCACCCUGCAGAAUCCGAGGGGCCCUCUUUUAGCACAUUCCAAUGAAUACAAUUAAUUAGUAGGCCUAAUUUACAUUUAAAUUAGGUAGUCAGAAAAAUAAGCCUCCAUCUUCUAUCCACAGCAGGUUCAGAGCUUUCGUUCAGUUUACUUCAGAAAAUCUUCAGAAUAAAGCUUUACAGCAGAGGGUGGUUAUCAUUAGUCACAUAGCCUACCUGUUAAUCGGAAAAUUGCACACAACAUUAAAACCAGUGUCUAAGAAGCAUGGCAUUACCAAGGUGCUGUUCGGUUUACUGAACUGAAAUAAACGCCAAGAGAACCAGCAGGUGAUUUAUUAGUGGAACCAAACGUAGCGUGAGAGCAUUUAUUAACCCACUUUCAUGACUGAACGUGUAUGUUAAAUGUAAUCCUUCAAUUCUGAAUCAAAAUCCAUAAAAACAUGAUUUAAUUCAAUAAGAUUUCCCUUGCACCAUGAUCAACGGAUGUUUAAAUAAUAUUCAUCAACCACCAGGUUAACACAAACCAAAUGGGCUAAGUUAGGGCAACAAAAACGACUGCUUGUUGAGCAUAUAUCUACAGCUAACAU